CGAGAUCUGAUACCGGAAGUAAAUGUAAACAUGGAAAGUCGUCGUCGUUUGCUUAUCCUGUCAACAAUGAGAACUGUGCAGCUGUUGUGUCUGUAGUCCAUGAGUGGCUUCUGGAGGGGGUUCUGGAGCGGAAAUGGGGACAAGAAAGCCCUCAGAUAUAUCAACAGGCCUCACAGAAUUUGGUCCGCUCAGUUCAGAAGUCAGGCCUGCAGGGAACUUCUUUACUCGACUACUCAAACGAGCAAGAGAUGACUCUGACAAUUCCAGUGGCUCCUCUACUCCAGGUAGUAGAGCUUCAUCCCGAGAGGCAUCAGUAGAGAGAACUGGCUCUAUGCCAAUACAGAUCUCCCAGCGGGUGCCCUCUAAAGUGUCACUGACUUCUGGGGUGUCGGACGAGGCCACCUUCCCAUCCACUACAUCCAUUGCCGCAGGGAACCUGGCAACAGUGAAGGGGAAUGAUGACAGCAGCAGCCAAUCAGAAGAGAGUUCUGAGGCUCAGGCUGUAGAUGACCAUGUCCAGAAGCGGACGUUGUCAAGUGUGCUCAGUCGUCUUGGCAACAUUCUAGAUAGGCGUAGCAAUACCCUGCAGACGUACAAGGACAGUGACUUCAAGCAGUAUUGGAUGCCCGACAGCAGCUGUAAGGAGUGUUAUGAUUGUGGGGACAAGUUCACCACGUUCCGCCGCCGCCAUCACUGCAGGAUCUGUGGACAGAUCUUCUGUAGCAAGUGUUGCAACCAGGAACUACCAGGGAAGAUCAUUGGAUAUAAAGGUGGUAUCCGAGUCUGCAUCUACUGCUGUAAAGUGGUUUUGCGCUACGCCCAGCAGUCCGACCAAGCUGGAGAUGUCAAAGUGUCCAGGGAAGACUUGAGGAGCCUCUCCAUAGACUUUGAGUCAGGCAGCUUCCAGGAUCUUGGAAUCUGGAGUCCCAACCUACGUCGUAUCGCCAGCAUCAGGGAAGACAGUCCUCAGACAGGAUCUGUGAGCCCCCAGGAUACAGGGUCAACUUGUGUACAGAAGAAUGUGCCCUUUGACCUGACCCCACAUGCAGACUUCUCCAUACAAGAAUCCCUUCUCCGGGAGAGCAAGAUACUCAUCCAGGAUUCUAUACAGUUGCGAGAAUUAUGGUGGCAGAUGAAUGACCUUGUGAGUGGAGUUGAAAUGCAGAGUCACCGAGUUCGUCUCCGGACAUAUCACAAAUGCAUUAUGGGUAAAGAACUUGUCAACUGGCUUCUCACAAAUGACAAGGCUGCUAAUAGGGACCAGGCAGUGGCCAUUGGUCAAGCUCUGGUGUUUGCCAACUUCCUGGAGCCUGUGUCCAGUCAGCUGCUGGUGUUCCAGGAUGAUUUCUGCCUGUACAAGCCGGGGGAACAUGCCGGCCUGGUGGACUCCACACCCCAAGGCCAGUGUCAGGCCACCGUUGAGGAGACAGCGGCCAGUAGUGAACCACUGUGGUUCAAGGAGAUUCAGUCCAUGGACAGAGAUGACUCCUCCAUGGGUGAAGACCAGCGGUCAAGCACAACAGACUCUGAUCAGAGGAAAAGCAUUUCUUCUGAGUCUGGCUCUCGAGCUAUCUUCUAUGUCAGUGAACGCUCAGACAGUGGCAGUGUGCCCAAUGAUCUGUCAAAAUUGGCAGCCGUGACCCGAGAUGGCUUGGAUGAACCCCUGCCAAGCACUGGGCUGUCUGAUGACUUUCUCAAAGGUUCCCUGUUUGUGGGGAAGUCGGUCCCUGCCUCAGCUGACACCAUCACCUGCCCCCACGGCUGGAGGAAUGCCGACCAGCUCCGUGAAGAGAAUGGAGAGAAACUUGCAUAUGAACGGCUCAGCAAAGCCCACUCGGAGAUGUGGGAUGCUAUGUUGAAGCAGUUGCUGAGUCAGCAUGGUCUGUCUCUGGGUUGGCAGCAGGUCAUCUCCUACAUCAUCCUCCAGGUCAGCCGCUUCGUGCGGCCUGACGUCCAGGUCGAGGGAGAUGACCCGGACAUCAGGAAGUACAUCCACAUUAAGAAGAUUCCUGGAGAUCUUAAGCAGGACACAUUCAUGUUGCAUGGUGUGGUGUUCACCAAGAACAUAGCCCACAAGAAGAUGCAACAGCAGAUUCCAAACCCCCAGAUCCUCCUCCUUAAGGGGGCCAUUGAGUACCAGAGAGUGGAGAACAAGUUCUCCUCCCUGGAACCUCAGAUACUGCAGGAGAGGGAGUUUCUGAAGAACAGUGUUGCAAAGAUUGCAGCAUUCCGUCCGAGUGUGCUGAUCGUGGAGAAGUCCGUGUCGAGACUGGCACAGGAGUUCCUCCUGGACGUGGGCAUCACCUUGGUCUUCAAUGUCAAACAGUCGGUGAUGGAGAGAGUGGCUCGGAUCACCCAGGCGGACAUUGUGUCCUCCAUAGAUGGUCUUGUCAGCCGCCCCAAGCUUGGCUUCUGUCACUCCUUCAAGUGUCAGCCCUAUCCACUGCCUAAUGGUGGUCUGAAGACUGUUGUAGUAAUGGAUGGCUGUGCCACGCACCUGGGCUGUACGAUCUGUCUCAGGGGGGGCACCCCGUAUGAACUCAGGAAGGUGAAGGAAGUCGUGAAGAUGAUGAGCUACACCUCCUACAACUCUCUGCUGGAGAUAUCCUACUGUAUGGAUGAAUUUGCUCUACCACCACCUAACCCUGACGAAAUACAGGCACAAGAUGACUUUGAUCUUGCGGAGACAAUCCGAGAACUAACGCUGACGGAGGAUGCACCGGAGAGGGUGAAGAACGAAGAUGAAAACAAACAAGCUGUGACUACAGACAAACCGGCUCAAGAUCAGCAGAUUAUUGAUGUGGAGGGAAAGAGUGGGGGGGAAAAGGUAGAAAAUUGUGUCAUGGCUGAACAUGGUAGUUCCACAGUGAAGUUGGACGAAGGAAAUGAAGAAGAUUCAGAAGUUGUGUUGAGGAAAGGUCAUUCAGUGGAAAAAGAUACUGAUUCCAAGCGUACAAGUAAAGAUUCAUGUAAACGUCAGUCAGUGGAGAGGACUGAGUUGACAGAUUUGAGUGACCCACUCCACAGCUAUCAGAACAGCAAAGAUGAGUCUAUUUUUGACAGCAAAGUGUCAUUCCAGGAACACAAACAGACUAAACAAUGGCAGUUUAAGAAGGCAUUGAUAGGUUUAGUUUUGUCCAUAUCACCAUAUCACAAAUAUGAAGUUCCCUAUCUGGAAACAGCACAUGGGUCGAAGUGUGAAUUAAGGAAAUAUCUGCCAGAGGAUAUUUAUUGGUCACAGUUAUUUGAAGGUGAACAAGGUCAAAGGUCAAGGUCAAAGUAUUAUGAUGGUGACUACUCCGGUCACUACACUCCCAAGUCCAACAUUCAUAUCACCGAAGCUCAUCCGUUCAUCUUGCAGCAGCUUACAGCACCAUUACAUGAAAACACCACACAGGCCCUACUGGCCGACUUCCGAGCUCGUGGUGGAAGGAUAAACGUAUUACCUCCCCUUGAUCCACGUUUUGACUUACAACGAGAUAUGAUGCGUAAAGCUAUCUUUGAUGAACAAUCAGAAAAUGAGAAAAACAAACCUGGAGUUCACUGGGAGAAGAAGAUUGAUUGUCUCGACACAGGCAACCACCAGAAGAUGGCUGUCCUCUUCAGCAGCUACUCUCACAAGUCAGCCAAUCACCCCAACCCUUGUGUCUAUCCAUGGGUUGUGAAGAUGGAGUUCUACGGUAAUAAUGAUAUAACCCUGGGAGGCUUCCUUGAGAGAUACUGUUUCAGGAAAUCUUACUCCUGUCCAUCUGUCACAUGUGACACUCCGAUGGUUCACCACAUCCGCCGAUUUGCCCAUGACAAGGGCUACCUCAAUGUUGUCCUAAAAAAACUGGACUCUGUGAUUGCUGGUGGACAGAACAACAUCUUGAUGUGGAGCUGGUGUUGCAGGUGUAAGCAGGUGACGCCAGUUGUCCCUAUCACUGUGGAUACCUGGAACCUUUCCUUCGCCAAGUACCUGGAGUUGCGUUUCCAUGGCGUGCAGUUUUCCAGGCGGGCAAGUGCGGAGCCAUGUGCACACUCUCUGCAUCAAGACCACAACCAGUACUUCGGCUACAACAACAUGGUUGCAUCAUUCAGAUACACAGAACUGUUGCUGAGAGAACUAGCCCUGCCUCCUAUCAUUGUGUCCCUCCAUCAGAUUCCUACCAGUGUAGACAAGCUCAAGGAUGUUGUGCGUAGCAUCACAAACAAAGGUAUGGAAAAAUACAGUGCUAUUCUGGAGUGUACGAUGAAGCUCCGAAAUGAAACACAGAGUGAAUCAACAGCCCGGGCUGUGUCUGAGUUCGUCACAGAACAACAGUCUGAGAAGUCCAGACUACGAGAUCUGGCUCAGGAUGUGCAGCAGAAGCUACAGGACCUGGGUGGAGAUGGAGACAGUUCAGGUCUUGAGAUGAAGCCAGUGUUCCUUGAAAUACAUGAUGACCUGAUCAAGUUGAAGAGAUUGGUAGCUGAGGCUGUGGUACGCUGGAACAACAAAAUUCAGGAAUUCCUGACACUCCAGCAGAAGAAGUAUAAGCUGCAGGCUAGUGGCUCCAAGAAGGACCGGGACAAGGACAACUUGUCUGUGUCUGCUGAUGAGCUUGACCGAUCUUCCCCGCGAUAUGAAGAGAAGUUGUUACACAGCAGGAAGGAAACUGACUCCCCCAACAUUGAUGUACCAGAGGGUGAUAGUGGAGGUCCAUCCUCCCUGUCCCCCCAGGUGCAGGAGCGAGGGGGGUCAUCUAACAAUCUGGAGGCCUUGAGGGAAGAAGAUGGUGUGGACGCCCGGCAGGACAAGAAGGGAAUGGUCAGGAGGACGCUUAUGUCCAGCUUGUGGUCAGCACCUGGCUUCACCCCUAUCACCAUGCCCUUUGACCCAGCUGAGCACUACCUGCUGCCGCCCUGUGAGAAGAUCCCAGUCGUUGUGUACGACUAUGAACCCAGCUCUGUCAUAGCAUAUGCUCUAAGUUGUGGAGACUACCAUGUCCGACUGAGAGAGUACCAGUGUUGUUGUGGUUCUGCCAAGGAGCAGGUCAGCAGUUUGUCCUCCAGCAAGGGUGGCUCCAAGUCUGGUGAUGUGGGUGGUGGAGCCGUGGAGUCGGUGCUAGAAUCUGAGGACCCUGACAACUACUCAGUUCUGACAUCCAGUACGGUCAGUGAGGUGGACAAGUCCAAGAUCAACAGCAAACAGACCAUCAGCCCUCACAUUGAACUGCAGUUUUCCGACAGUGGGGCAAGGUUUUACUGCAAGAUCUACUUUGCUGAGCCUUUCCGUCAGCUGCGUAAGCUCAUCUUUUCAGCAGGGGAGGAAAUGUUCAUCAGGUCCUUGUGUCGUUGCAAGCCCUGGGAGGCCAAGGGAGGGAAGUCCGGAUCCACCUUCUGUAAGACUGAUGAUGACCGAUUCAUCUUGAAACAGAUGUCUGGUAUGGAGGUUGAAUCCUUUGAGAAGUUUGGUCCUGAAUAUUUCAAGUACAUCACAAGAGCUUAUGGGGAAAAGAGGCCAACUGCACUGGCGAAGAUCCUUGGCGUCUACAGGAUUGGAUUCCGCAACACCCAGACCAACCACGCUCUGAAGCAGGACCUGCUGGUGCUGGAGAACCUCUUCUACAACAGGAAGAUCACCCAGACAUUUGACCUGAAGGGCUCGAUGAGGAACCGCUUGGUUAAUACUUCCGGAAAACGAGAGGAAGAACUGGUGCUGCUUGAUGAAAACCUUCUCAAAUUAAGCGUGGAGUCACCCCUGUACAUGCGGCCUCACUCCAAGACGGUGCUGAAUGCUGCCAUCUCAAGUGACUCGGAGUUCCUGUCUAGCAACCUGGUGAUGGACUACUCCCUGCUGGUGGGUCUGGACGAGGCCAGGAAGGAGCUGGUGGUUGGCAUCAUCGAUUACAUUCGCACCUUCACCUGGGACAAGAAGCUGGAGAUGUUGGUGAAGUCCCAGAUUGGCAUCAUCGGUGGACAGGGUAAGACGCCCACAGUUGUCUCCCCUCAGUUGUACCGCAGCCGCUUCCUGGAGGCUAUGGACCGCUACUUCCUCCAUGUUCCAGACCAGUGGAGCGGCCUUGGCAGUGAUUUUCCCAAUCCGUGUGACUCCUGGAUCCAGACAGCUCAAGACAUAGAUACUUCGAUAAAGAGAUGAGGUCGACUACACCCAGCUGACUGUGAUACAGCACAUAGACUUGUGUCAUCUCUCAGGUCAUCUUGCAGCCACACUAGCUGUGUAUGUUACACAGAUGUCAUAGAUAACGGUUGUCAUCACUAUGUUGUUGUUGUAUGCAUGUUAUGUAGAAGUCAUAUCAUCUAUGCAUACAUGUACAUUGUCACGUUAAUAAGAAUGCUGUUACAUGUUGUUUAACUCAGCUUGUCUCAGACUCGGUCACUCAGUAAGUACUCCCAGACUAACUACCUGAAACUCUCAGGUUACUGUGAACUCCAUGUUACCUGAAAACUCCCAGGUUACUAUGAACUCUCUAGUUAUCUGUAAACUCCAUGGUACCUGAAACCUCCCAGGGUUACCUGUAAACUCUCUAGUUAUCUGUAAACUCCAUGGUACCUGAAAACUCCCAGGGUUACCUGUAAACUCUCUAGUUAUAUUUAAACUCCAUGGUAUCUGAAAACUCCCAGUGUUACCUGUAAACUCUCUAGUUAUCUUUAAACUCCAUGUUACCUGAAAACUCCCAGACUACCUGAAAACUCCCAGGGUUACCUGUAAACUCUCUAGUUAUCUGUAAACUCCAUGUUACCUGAAAACUCCCAGGGUUACCUGUAAACUCUCUAGUUAUCUGUAAACUCCAUGGUACCUGAAAACUCCCAGGGUUACCUGUAAACUCUCUAGUUAUCUGUAAACUCCAUGUUACCUGAAAACUCCCAGACUACCUGAAAACUCCCAGGGUUACCUGUAAACUCUCUAGUUAUCUGUAAACUCCAUGUUACCUGAAAACUCCCAGGGUUACCUGUAAACUCUCUAGUUAUCUGUAAACUCCAUGGUAUCUGAAAACUCCCAGUGUAACCUGUAAACUCUCUAGUUAUCUGUAAACUCCAUGGUACCUGAAAACUCCCAGGGUUACCUGUAAACUCUCUAGUUAUCUGUAAACUCCAUGUUACCUGAAAACUCCCAGGGUUACCUGUUAACUCUCUAGUUAUCUUUAAACUCCAUGUUACCUGAAAACUCCCAGGGUUACCUGUAAACUCUCUAGUUAUCUGUAAACUCCAUGGUACCUGAAAACUCCCAGUGUAACCUGUAAACUCUCUAGUUAUCUGUAAACUCCAUGUUACCUGAAAACUCCCAGGAUUACCUGUAAACUCUCUAGUUAUCUGUAAACUCCAUGUUACCUGAAAACUCCCAGGAUUACCUGUAAACUCUCUAGUUAUCUGUAAACUCCAUGUUACCUGAAAACUCCCAGGAUUACCUGUAAACUCUCUAGUUAUCUGUAAACUCCAUGGUACCUGAAAACUCCCAGGAUUACCUGUAAACUCUCUAGUUAUCUGUAAACUCCAUGGUACCUGAAAACUCCCAGGAUUACCUGUAAACUCUCUAGUUAUCUGUAAACUCCAUGUUACCUGAAAACUCCCAGGAUUACCUGUAAACUCUCUAGUUAUCUGUAAACUCCAUGGUACCUGAAAACUCCCAGGAUUACCUGUAAACUCUCUAGUUAUCUGUAAACUCCAUGUUACCUGAAAACUCCCAGGAUUACCUGUAAACUCUCUAGUUAUCUGUAAACUCCAUGGUACCUGAAAACUCCCAGGAUUACCUGUAAACUCUCUAGUUAUCUGUAAACUCCAUGGUACCUGAAAACUCCCAGGAUUACCUGUAAACUCUCUAGUUAUCUGUAAACCCCAAUGAUACCUGUAAGGAAGCCCAGAAUGUUUGACAUCUCUCAGCUAGUGUUUCCUGUGUGACCCAGCCAGGAAAGUCUGUAGGUUAUCUGUGUCAGUGUUCACCAGGACAGCUACUUCAUCUGAAUCCACAAGGAAAUCAGAUAUAUAGGUUCUAUGAAAAUGCUGUCUUUGAUGUCAAUCAUCUGUAUUUAUUGUUAUAUUUUUGUAAUUCUUAUGUUGAAUGUCACAUAUGUGUUUGAGUCGUCGACCAGUGUUCUGUGUCGUGUACUUAAUGAGAUGUUAGUGUGAGGCUUUGUUUGGGAAAACCUGCACUGUGUCCUACCUUCACAUAGUACACUGCCCCCUGUACCUGUACAGACUUGACCUUCAAAUAAUGGAAAUAAGAAAAGCAUAUAAUUUGAUAUAUGUACAUACCACUGCUUAUUACUGAGUGAAAAUCAGAAUUUCCUCAUAGGAUAUUAGACGAUUGCCCUUAGAUGUAUAUAUGUGCUUAGCUGUAGACACUGAUUUCUGCAUGUACCUAGAAGAUUGUCCCAAAUUGUCAAACGUGUGCAUGGCUGACUUGAUGGUGUAGGGUUGAGCGACUUGCUGUACAGACUUUCAUGCCUUACCUGUUGCAAGUUUGAACCCCGACUUCUCCCUGAUUAUCCUCCUGGUUUGUCAGCACCAUAUAUACCCAUCCUGCUGGUAGAUGUGUCUGUAACUCACAACAUUAAUAUGACAUGAUUUACAUACUGUUCAAAGAGUAUAAAACCCAAUUCGCUCACUCCCCAAAACUGUCAAGAGCUUAAAGCCCUCCAAUAGAUCCCUUUUAUUAUGUUGUAGGUGUGGAUGCUUUGAAUGACAUGACUAAAUGUUCAUGUUGUCUAAAUACUGUACAAAUGUCCCUUAUAGUAUAUCCGACUAUAGAUAUGUGCUUGCCUCAGUAGAACUCCCUGUUUCCCUAUCAGUUUGUGUGGACAUUAGGCAGGGAUGCUGAUUGUUUCUUGAAGUGUGCAGUACAGGUUUCAUCUUGAAUGUAUAUGGGAGUAUUACUGGGGUAUAUGUUUGUUGCACCAUAGAGAAAAUGUAUAUAUCUGAGGGGAAAUGAUGCUAAUACAUAACAUGAAAUCUA